ACACGUGAAGAGAGAUGAACUGUGUGUCAUUUGAAGAGGUUUGUGCACGCUGACUGCAACUUAAUCUACGAAAAUUAAACAAAAAAGGAACAAGAUCACAGCAAAUGGAAAAUGCUCGUUCCAGGAUGUAAAGACGAAUAGUAGCCUACUGUUUUUCAUUGAUUCGUGAAAAUAAGUUUGACGACAGAGAAAAACGCGGAUGUGGGUCAACGAUGUGACUCUGGAGCGAAACAAUCAAGUCUCUGAGCGAGGACUUUCCGUGACUCUGUAAUUCGGACGUUGCGUCACACUGGACUUUUUUUGCUUGCCCGAGUGCCAUGAGCGAUGGCAUGGAGGAAGGUCAAAGUGCAUUUUAUUAUAAUACUUUACCUGUGGAUAUGCUCUCAAGCCUCUUGUGAAGUGGUUUUAAACUGUUGGUGGAAUCAAGCUCUUCCUGUGGCACGUAAUGUGUCUGUCGUGUGCCACACGAGUUCACUGGCAAGAGCAAACAGUUGUGAUGUCUGCCAGCUUAAUGUUAUCACCCAGGACCACAGACAUCAGUUUCCCAGCACAUGUGCCAGUACCAAUGAAACUAUCAGCUUAUCUAUAGCAACAGAAGACAUAGAGAAUAUUCGCUGCACGUGCAAUGGAAAUACAGCAGAGACCUGCAACGUUACAGUGAGAGGAGGCUAUCCACCUUCUCCCCCGUCCCGCCCCGUUUGUGCUGUUGAAGACUUGGAAGUAGAAGACAUUUCCUGCUCUUGGACCAAAUCCAAUGAGCCAAUGAUUCCUACUGUUUACACCCUUCACUGGAAAGAUUAUGAUGGGAAAAUUAAAUCCCGGGAAAGCAGUAGUGAGAGUGCAGUCAUAAAGCGGACUGAGUAUAUGAAAAGCACUUCCACCACAGCAUGGGUCACUGCCAAAAACGUGCUGGGUUCUGCACAGUCCGAAAAGUCUGACUUCAACACGGGUCAUAUCAAACGGCCAGACCCCCCAUACAAUAUUAAGCUCACCUCUGUGCCGCUGGAGUUGAUCUGGGACAUGUACUGUGAUGGAUUGGGGCCCUUAGACAAGAGCUGUCAAGUGCAGUACCAUGAGAACAGUCACAUGGACUGGAUAGAGGUGGGUGAUCGCCAGGUCACGUAUGUGUUGGACGACCCCCAGCCAUUCACAGAGUACAGUUUUCGUGUUCGAUGCCACUGUGGACAUGAAGAGAAAGUCAUGAGUUCCUGGAGUUCAGUGUAUUCAGUCAGGACGCCUCCUGCAGCACCAGUUGGACAGCUGGAUGUUUGGAGUGACUGUGCCCCUAAUUCUGACAAAUCUUCCUGUAACGUCUAUUGGAAGGAGAUGCCUCUGUCUCAGGCUAGAGGGGACGUUAUCAGCUAUAUUGUCACGCUGCAGCUUGAAAAUGGCACGCAGUUCACCAGGCAGCGGAGAGACACUGAAAGUCAACAUCCUGCUGAACAGAGCUGCCUGCGGUUGAGUGUCCCACUCAAGCCGGGUGUUAUGGGAGUUUUUGUGUCAGCCAACACCUCAAUGGGCACAUCAGACCCCACAUUCAUGCCGUUUGCUGUGAGGGGACAGACGACGCCUGAGGUGAAUCUGAGUGUAAUAGGUGAGAACCAGAUGCUGCUGGUCUCAUGGGCCGUACACCCACAGUUCUCUGAGAGCGUCCUGGAGUAUGUGGUACAGCACGUGUCUGUGGUACCUCCCUCGUGCCUGAACUGGGUCAGAGUAAACCGAACCCAGAGAUCUGUCACACUCAAAGGUGACCUCAGGAACUACACAGCGUAUAAUGUGUCACUGUUCGCUGUCUUCAACAACCACAGCACCUUCCUCAGUUCAGAGAUUGCAUACACACUUGAAGGAGUUCCUCCUGAAGUCCCAGAGAUCAGUGUGAAUAACAUCUCUCACUCCUCUGCCACUUUGACAUGGAGCCCCAUCCCUGUAAAUGAGAGCAAAGGUGUCAUCCUGCAUUACUUAGUGGGCAUCAAAGAAACAGGGUCUAAGAUUAGCAGUGACAGAACCAGUGUGCUGUUGUCAGAACUGCAGCCGGCCCAACAGUACCAGGUCUGGGUGAGCGCUGUGAGCGCUGCUGGGGAAGGCAACAGGAGAUACACCACUUUCUCCACCAAUGAGAAAGACCGUGAUGUUAACACAAUACUGUUUGCUGUAUUCAUACCAUUAUUGAUGUUCCUGGUAUUAGUUUGGGUUUUUACAUUGGUGUGCAAAGCAACUCUGUGUUUUGUGAAGAUCCCAGAUCCAAUAAACAGUAAAACGUUUAAACAUAUGAACAUUCAGCAUGUGUGGCCACGGCUCUGUUCUCCUUCUGAGUUGACCCUAAAGAUCUCGGAGCUGGAGAUUGUGGAGAACCUGGAUCCUAACACACCUACUCCUCCAUCAGAGACUGAAUCAGAGAAUAUUUUAAUUGAUGUGGAACCCCAAAAUUUUCAGGUGCCAGAUGAACUGGGCAAAACAAGUGAAGGUGGAGAUCAGCCUGAGGAAUCUAACAGAGGAAACAUUUCAAAGCCUGACACUUGGGCAAAGGAGUAUAGCGAGAUGGUCGACACUGAUGAAGAGAAGGAUGAUGAUGGUGAUGAUGAUGAGUGGUGGCACCAGCAAUGUGUCUCGGACUACGAAAGACAUUUUUUGCCUUCUGUUAAAGCAAAUUAACUUUUCACACCUCAGGAUGUUUAAUCUGUACUGUAGUGCCUUCAAUGUAACCAUCAGAAAAGGACAGUUUUACUGAAGAACCAUGUGUACUUUUUAAUAACAUGGAAAAGAGUUAUAAGACAAGUGUAAUUCAUGAAAUGACACAAAUGUAUCCAUGAGAGGUCUUGCAGAACUACGCACAGAUUUUAACAUUUACAGUCCUUCACACUAGCUGCAACUUUUAAAGUUGACACAUAUUUUUUGUGUCACUAGCCUCAUCAAAGGACUAUACAGGUCUCCAGAAUACUUUCCUCUUUUGCCAUUGGUCGGCAAAAUGAAUGUUCCUGCCACAAACUCCAGCCAUUGGUUGAGCUAAUGCUAGGCAGGUCAGAAUGCUCAGAUAAACGAGAGCACAGUUUUGAUAGAUCCUCAGUGACACGUGGCUUACACUUUUCAGGGAUUUCAGCCUACAAAUGUAUUAUAGGCAUCUCUGCACAUUAAACCUUAUAAUUUAACAUGGAAAACCUUGCACAUGUUGACACAAAUGAGAUAGUAUUACUAAUAAAUACACAACUGAAUGUACAUAA